GAGUUUGAGGCGGCUUUUCGGGCGAUGGCGAGCGGGGAGAAUGCGGCGGCGAGGAGGGCGGGGAAGACGGGGGCAUCGCUGGCUCAGGACCUCAGGCGCUGGGCGGCUGAAGAGAUGAAGCUUCCUCCGGGCAAAGUUCCCUCCGAGAGAGACGCGCGCAGGAUGUGCUCAGGUCAGUGUGCUGACAUCUGGAAAUAUAUCAUCCGCCACGUUCAUCAUCAGAGGACUGUCAAGAAGAUUCGUGGGAACUUACUGUGGUAUCAGCAGAUGGAAAAGGGCGAGGUCAAGCCCAGUGCCUCUGAAUCUGAUAAAGAACGUCGCAAGCAUCUAAUCCAGGCCAUCUCUCGCUUGAAGGAAGAAGAUCAGCAGUUGGACCUUCAGAUAGAAUUGGCACAGCGUGAGUUCGUAGCCAGCGAGGUCACCCUGGAAACGACUCAGAUCUGGGAUGCCAAACGACGCAGUUUGCUCCUGAAGGCCUACUCCACACGGGUCACAGCAGAACGCCAGCAGUUGCACAAGAAAGGUGCCCAGGUCAAGGGACGUUUGGAGCAGUUGGAAGAGAUGGAGAAGAAAGCCAAGACGGUCGUGGCUUUUGGUGGCAGACACCCAGAGCCUCGGUUUCCCAUCUUGGAGCCUGAAGUCUUGAGGGAUGUCCAGGAAAGCUGCCAGCUGCGUUUCCAAUUCCUGAAGACUCUCUUUGAAAACAGCAUAUCUGGGAGCUCUCCAGAGACAGAUGAGGAAGAGAUGAAUAUUACUUACCAACAUUGGCUGAGCACCGUGGAGAAAGUUGUCGGUACCCAUCCUCCUGCCCAUAUCCUUUCAGCUCUGGAGCACUUGGCCCGUCAGAACACAAUGAAGCUGCAGGAGGUGACGGACAAGAUCAACAUCUCCCAAGAUGUGGCCGCUCUCAAGUUCCGUUACAACAGCACACACUUGCAAGACGUCUCGGAUUCUGCAGACAAGCUACCUUCUGUCCGGGUUCUUAUCCAGGAGGGCUGGAGCAAAUGCGAGAUGCUCUGUGUGCAGCAGAUUCCCCUACAUGCUGAAGAGAAAGGCCUGCUGUCACGUCUUGAAGCCCUAGUUAAAGAGAUGCACGGUCUCCUGUCUGACGGAUCGGAGCGCUCCAUCCUGGCCAGAACGGUCUUUGAGCUGGAGCUCCGGGCGGUGAGGUUGCGAGGAUACAGGGAUGGACUGCUGCAGGGAUGCCAGGAACUUGAAGAAGCCGUGAAGGCCCGGUACGCAGAACUGCAGAACUUGCAGGCGAAACGCCAGCGCAUCUUGGACUUCCGCCAUUUGGUGAAUGAGAAACAACAACAUAUUCGGGUCCUUAUCAAAGGCACUUCGUUUCUCAAAUCCCAACUUCGCAAGAACCAAGCUGAGAUCCAGGAUUUCAUACAGAAAAAACUGCUCCCUCAGGCGCAACAGGUGCAGCUGGAGACCCAGCAGCUUCACGACAGGGUAGGCCGUGAGGUCCAGCAUUUCAAAAGCAUCGCCCUGCCUUGUCUGCUGACCCGUCAGAUAGCUGGGUCUGAACACAUCCCAGCCCACAAACUUUCCAUCCAUCACUUAAGCCGGACAGCACUCUCUGAAAAUCGGGCCUUUCUCAAUGUCUGCAAUGGAGUUAGCUUUCCCCUUUAUAAGGCUCCCGAACAGCUCCUUCUCCAUCUGGCUGAGCUGAAGAAGAUGCUUGCUUACCUGUGUGCCCAACUGAGCUCCAAGCAAAGAGCUUUGGGAAGCCUGCAGCACCAGCUGGAGAGUGCCCCAGAGCCCGAUGUACCAGCCUUGGUGGGAGAGGUGCAGUCCCACGAUCAGAAACAAGCCUUUUUGCUGCUGCCCUGUAUCCAACGCACGAUGGAUCAGUGCCAAUGUCUCCUCAAGCGUCGACCUGAGAUCCAAGCUGUUAUCGAUACCUGGUGGGAGCAGCCAGGACAGCUUGUUCUUCCUCACGAGCUCCGCUAUGGCUUCACUUUGCAACAGUGGCUGGAGCGUUGGACUUUGGCUGCCAAGAACCUGCAGCAACAGCAGAUGUGGCUUUGAUGAACUCCUGGGUAUCAGUCUGAGAAGCCGGUUGGUGUUCGUGGCUCGCAAGAUACAGCGCCCGGGAGACAGUGCAGUUAUGCCUGUGCUUCCAUCUGGCUGCUGAAUGAUGGCUCUUAAUUUCAUGCAAGGGGGUAUGUGGUUUUCUGCACCUCACCUCACCUUCUUCCCUCUCCUCUCCGUUCUUCAAGGGAGGCUGGGGGAGGAUGUAAUGUUGAAGGUACAUCUCAACAAGUAGCAGCUAUGUAUUUUCCAAGGAUUUGAAAUAAAUAUAAAGUUUAUCUUCA